GUGGAGCGAUGUCUACGAUGCUUCCUUCUUUUCCCCUCUAAACGCCAGUGUGAAGCUGUUUUGGCAGGCUUGCCAGCGACGGCGAUGAAUGCGAGACGGAUCGAAAUGGUAUCUUACAGUGAUACAUACGCGGUCACUUUUGCGGGUGAAAGCCAUGUCAUAGGAGGGUAUUAUGGAAGUGGUAUUCGUCGAUGGAAGAUUGAAGACGGACAACAAGAGGGUCCACCCAUGUUCGGGAAUGGGAGUAUCUAUUCUGUUGUCGUUGCUCAGGAUGGCCGGUGGAUUGUGACUGGAGACCGCGCGGGGAACGCAACCAUCUGGAACGCAGCCACCCAUGAAAAGGUGCGCGAGCUCACAGAACACAGUAGCUCUGUAUUCGGGGUCGACAUCUCUAGCGACAGCACCAAAAUUGCCACUGCGGACCACCAAAACGCCCAGAUAUUCAGUUUCUCUUCCGGUAUCCGACUCCUUCCUCCCCUCCGGCACAUUCUGGUUAAUGGUGUCAGGUUCUCCCCGGACGGUAAUCGAUUUGCUACUGUCUCGCAUAAUGAAGGUUUCCGUGUCUACAGCACUCACAAUGGUGAUGUCUUGUUCGAAUCAGGUCAAAACGGUUCAGUCAGUUCAAGUCCGGUCGCUCCGUUGGCUUGGUCGUCUGAUGGCCAGCAGCUGUUCGUCGCGAACAAAGGAAAAAUCACCUGUUUGGACCUUUCCAAGUCGCUGGCUUCAGAGUGGUCGAUCCAUGACAACCAACACAGGAUAUCUAUAGCAUUUAACGACAGAUUCAUUGCAUGUACUGCAGGUUCAUCGGUUUCACUAUGGGAUUGUGUGUCCCGCAAGCAGAUCAGUGCCAUUAUCACACACACCGCAGAGGUCAAAUGCAUCGCUUUCUCACCAAGUGGGCGGUAUCUCGCAUGUGGAAAUGGCUGGAAUAUCACAAUCCACAAUCUCGGGGAUGUCCUUGCUUUCGACCCUGCUGAACUCCACGCUUCUCAGCUUCCACUCGUACAAAUGAGUGACGAGACCCUCAAAUCAUGGACACAGGUUAACCUGACCAACAUCGAGGCGCCGCUGUCAGAGGAGAUCGCAAGUGCUUCAAGUCCCAGCCACCACGUCCUAGCAAACCGCGCUCUCAUACGAGUGCGUUUGAAUCAUCCGGCACUUGCCAUAGAGGACGCCAAGGAGUCCCUCCGUGUUCAGUCAUCGCCUAUCGGCCAUAUUGCGAUGGCAGUUGCUCUACCUGGCCAGGGUGAUCGAGGGGGAGCGCUGCGCACAUUCGAUCCCGCCUUUCACGAUUGUGAGCCGCGCGAUAACAGAUUUCUCUUAUUACUGAAGUCGAUACUUGUGUUCGAAUCCGGAAAUCAAGAAGAGGCGAUAACGCGUGUGGAGGACCUUGCUACGAGAGCGAACAAUAACAGCGAUGAUGAGGCCACUUACCUUUACACCCAGGUCCUUGGAGUUAUGUGCAUGAAGGCAGGAGAUUACAAGCGUACAAUACCAUUGAUCGAGCAUGCGAAACGCUUAGCCCCCAAGGACAAACAAUGCCCGCCGCUGGUGACGAUCUCGCUCAUAUUUGGGUGGAAUUUCAAUGGAUUGGAUAUCAUUGCUCAGCAGCAUCUGUGUGAAACCUUCUUUACUGAACAACGUACCACCGAAGCCAUGGAUAUUCUGUUCAACAUCAUCAGGACAUCAGACGAGGAGACCCUCAGGAGCGAGCCAACUGCUGACUGGAUCGCAGAUUUCACCAAAAGGUGUGCCACGACACUUGAGCAAGUUGGCGAUGAAGCUUUUGGAUUUGCUGCAUCAUCUCCCAGUCCUACAAGUCCCGCAGGUCUGUUUAUCAAGCGGAGCAGAGCUCGAGCGGCAAAAGGAUUGUGGGAGGAUGCACUACAGGAUGCCAAUAUGGCAGUGAAAGUAGACUCCUUCAACCCUUGGGGCCACGAAACGAAGUACCUGGUUCUUCAUGGAGCAAAACGGUAUGACGACGCGAUUGAUGCUUUCAAGUCUAUGCUGCAGGUAAUUGAACAAUCUCAUGACUUUUCAAUCAAGCAACUGCGCAAAAACUAUGUUUCUCCAUCUGAGGCGAUCGCGGUUAUCGAUUGUAUUGUUCGCGAGACCCUCAAAAAUUGUCCCCUUGUCGUCAUCCAUGUCGCCUCUGGUUGCCUUUGCGACGUUCCUGAGCGGAUCCGUAUCUUCAAGGCUGAUCCAUCAUUCAAAGAGCUUGUUUCAUCCAUGACGACAGACAUAGACAACGAACGGAUCCGACGAGUUAUUACAGGUUUUUUUGGAUACGUAAUGUUUUCGCACGCAUGGCAAGGGAACGAGCCGUCAUUCGAGGAUGUCAACGUAGUCAAAUCCGUAUGGAACCUUUCGGACGAGCCCUUGAAUAAGAAAUUGCGCAAAUUCUGCGAGGAGACACGCAGACUUGGUUACAAUUGGGCAUGGUCAGAUACCUGUUGUAUCGACAAGUCCACAAGUUCCGUCCUUAAUCAAUCUCUUACAUCCAUGUACAAAUGGUAUGCGAGUUCGGCAGCCACACUCGUAUUCCUCGCUGGUGUGGCCCACCCGUCUAAGCCCGGGGACCUUACCGGUAGUUUAUGGAUGACCCGCGCAUGGACUUUACAAGAACUUCUCUCACCGAAGGUCAUCUUUUUCUAUGACUGCGAAUGGAAACCAUACCUCGGUAAUAUUGUCCCGAACCACAAGGAAUCUCCAGAGAUCAUGCAGGAGCUAGCAGAUGCUAUCAAGAUUCCCCGCGGAACCAUCAUCACAUUCUCUCCAGACGAUCUUGGGGUGCACGAGAAACUUCGUCUGGCUUCGACCCGCAAUGCGACGGUCGAGGAGGAUGCUGCAUAUUCUCUCAUCGGCAUAUUCAAGUCUGAUAUCAGGCCUCACUACGGUGAAGGAGCCGACGCUAUUGGACACCUCCUGGAGGAGAUUGUGGCUCGAACUGGCGAGGUAACGGUGCUUGCAUGGUCAGGGAAGUCAUCGUCAUACAACAGUUGUCUCCCAGCUUCCAUUUCCGUUUAUAGCCAAAUUGCUUACAACCCUCCGCCUCUCGAAGGGGAAGAAAUGGAAAAGUGCAUCAACGAAUUACGUGGCAGGCUGACCCGGCACCACGCGCGGAUUAUAUACAAUAACAUCAAUCGUCUUUCCCCCGCCCGCUUUGCAACCCGACGUCUACACCUUCCAUGCGUCGUCUUCUCUGUGAAAAGUCUCGAGAACCCAUGUAAUGGCAAUGAGAAGCUUUAUCGUGCCAGGGUAUCGGGACUUGAAAAUGUAGAGUUCACGACCGCAGAUGAUCUUCCACUACACGAAGCAAAGAAAUUCGUCUUCGUGAAUCCAUGGAUUCAUCAUAUCCGAGGUCCGAGUAAUGGGGUUACUUGGGGAGAUGGCUCGGAGUCUGAUACUAACUCUGACGCGGAUGAAGUUGCGUCAUUACCCACUGUGCCCAUGCCCCCGGUGGACAGCUACACCCGCGCACUAGCGAUGAUUGCCCGCCUCGGACAGCCAUUCAACGCGUUGCUUCUCGUACAACAGUCGAAUAGAACGUACAAGAGGGUUGCUACCGGGAGCGAAAUUGUCGUCCCGGGGCCUGGAACUAACAUCACCCCCAAGAACAUUCGGGCGAAAGUCUUGGAAAUCCUGUGACACGCAUAUGGGGGUUUGAACUGAGUCAGACUGGUCUGCCUUUCAUCCUUUAUCUCGAUCGCUUUUCAUUUCGUGCUGUUCUCGUUAGUUGAGCGCUCAUAAUUGCUACCUACUUAUUUAUGUAAUACUUGGGGCUGCGUUGGAGAAUGCUCAUAUUCAUGUGCCAUGAAUGACGACAGUCUCAAUAACUCCAUCUAUUACCACUUGUACUAUGCAUACAUCCUUUGCCAUUUACAAGAUCCUCAACCCUGUUCA